UCUCCUGCGUUCCGCUGCUGUUCGGGGCCUCGCUUCGAUCUCUGGCCGACUCUGUCCAGAUCGCCCAUCUUCCUCAUGUUUUAAUACAUCGGUGGUCUCAGACAUUGAAUCAGCAGCGAGUGCCUCCUGUCCUGUGUCGGGAGGUCUUUCUCUUUCUUUGUUUGCACUCGUCCUCCGCCAGAUCUCGGCGAGCACAGGCCACUAGAGUACCUGUCGUCCAACAUGGUGACCACUGAUGGAAACACGAAGGAAUACGAUUGCCAGCCCUUGCUCGAGUACAGGACAGUGACUGGAGUGGCAGGACCUUUGGUCAUUCUCGAUAAAGUGAAGGGCCCGAGAUUCAAUGAGAUUGUGAACCUGAGAUUGGGAGAUGGAACCAUCCGUAGAGGACAAGUUUUGGAAGUUGACGGAGAAAGGGCCGUCGUUCAGGUUUUCGAAGGAACAGCUGGUAUUGAUAACAAGCAUACGACCAUUGAGUUCACAGGAGAGGUCUUGAAAACUCCUGUAUCCUUGGACAUGCUGGGUCGUAUUUUCAAUGGAUCAGGAAGACCUAUUGAUAACGGCCCCCCAAUUCUGGCAGAAGCUUUCCUGGAUAUUCAAGGUGCUUCUAUUAACCCCAGUGAGAGAACCUACCCCGAAGAAAUGAUUCAAACAGGAAUCUCUACCAUUGAUGUGAUGAACUCCAUUGCUCGUGGACAGAAAAUCCCGCUCUUCUCAGCAGCAGGUCUGCCCCACAAUGAAAUCGCUGCUCAAAUCUGCAGGCAAGCAGGUUUGGUGAAGAGAUUGGAGAAACAGAAAGACUUGUUGGAGGAUGAAGGAGAGGAUAACAACUUUGCUAUCGUUUUCGCCGCUAUGGGAGUCAACAUGGAGACUGCACAAUUUUUCAAGCGUGAUUUCGAAGAGAAUGGGUCCAUGGAGAGGGUGACGCUGUUCUUAAACUUGGCCAAUGAUCCCACGAUUGAGCGUAUUAUUACCCCUCGAAUCGCCCUUACCACAGCUGAAUAUUAUGCUUACGAAUGUGGAAAGCACGUCUUGGUCAUUCUCACCGACAUGAGUUCUUAUGCAGAUGCUUUGCGAGAGGUUUCUGCUGCCCGUGAAGAAGUGCCUGGGCGACGUGGAUACCCCGGAUACAUGUACACUGAUUUGGCUACAAUUUACGAAAGAGCUGGGCGUAUUGAAGGACGAAAGGGAUCCAUCACUCAAAUUCCCAUCCUGACUAUGCCCAACGAUGACAUUACCCAUCCUAUCCCUGAUCUGACUGGAUACAUCACAGAGGGACAAAUCUACAUCGAUCGUAACCUUCAAAACAGACAGAUCUAUCCCCCAAUCAAUGUGCUUCCUUCUCUAUCACGACUCAUGAAGAGUGCCAUCGGAGAAGGAAUGACCCGAAAAGAUCACUCCGAUGUAUCAAAUCAGCUGUAUGCCAAUUAUGCCAUUGGUAAGGACGUGCAGUCCAUGAAGGCUGUCGUGGGAGAGGAAGCUUUGUCUUCGGAAGAUUUGCUAUACCUCGAGUUUUUGGAGAAGUUCGAGCAAAAGUUUGUGUCACAAGGGGCAUACGAUACUCGUGACAUUUAUCAAUCGUUAGACCUAGCGUGGACUCUCCUUCGCAUCUUCCCGAGGGAGCUUCUUCGACGUAUUCCUGGAAAGACCCUGGAUGCUUUCUACAGCAGGGAUGCCGAGCAUUAAUAGCCUUUUGCAAUUUCGUUCAUUGGGACAAUUUCGGCUUUUAGACUCCUGUAUACUGGAGAUUUGUUUGAUAAGGAAACUUGGCGUAGUCUUGAGUUUGAAAUGUGUGUUGCUCCUAUGUCUUCUUAUGCAUACUGCAUCUAGUCAAUUCAAUCCACCGUUGAGAACAUUCUAGGUUGAGAAACUGUGCAAGAAUGCAAGUUUUGGAGGGGGAGAGUGGCCCUGCAAUCUGUCCACUACUACUAGUUCAUCAUGUCUAUAUGUGGGAAUCUACCCUUGGAUUAUAUUGAAUAAUACACAGCAGCUGGAGCUAGCAACUGUGUCUGUUGGCAUCGAAAGUGAGACUCCUUGUUUAUUAGUAUUAUGUAACUCUAACUUGCUAUCUGCUGUCUGCUGCGAUUAAAGAUCGCGCACUUGGCUGUUAUCUACUUUGUGU